GACUGUAACCGUCCUAUGGCCCAAAAACAUGCUGUACUGCAGGAACAACGCAGACAACUACCGAUAGCAAAAGGGAAAGAUGCAAUAGUACGAGAAAUACGUGAAAAUGAUGUCACGAUUCUUCUCGGGGAGACAGGAUCUGGCAAGACAACUCAGGUCCCUCAAUAUCUCUUAGAAUCUGGAAUAGCUGGUCAAGGCGUGAUUGCUAUUACACAGCCUCGAAGAGUGGCUGCAACGUCUUUGGCAGCCCGUGUCGCUGCAGAGCAGAAUGUUUCUUUGGGUGGCUUAGUCGGUUAUUCUGUCCGUUUUGACGAGUCAUUCGGCACUGAAACGCGCAUCAAAUAUGUCACCGACGGCAUGCUUGUGCGUGAGCUUCUAUCCGAUCCUCUGCUGUCUCGCUACAGCGUGAUAGUAGUGGACGAGGCCCAUGAACGGACCAUACGUACAGAUUUUUUGAUCACGAAUCUCAAAACCAUUCAAGCACAUAGGAAUGCUGCCAUUGACCAGAAGGGAAAGGCCCUGGCUUCAAAACUCAAUCCUCUAAAAAUUGUCAUCAUGAGCGCUACUCUGGACGCCGAGAAAUUCAGCCGUUUUUAUAACAACGCCAGAAUCUUAUAUGUCAAAGGGCGACAACAUCCUGUUAAAAUUUUCCAUACUGCAGUCAGCCAAUCUGACUAUGUGGAUGCUGCCCUUCGUACCUUCUUUCAAAUUCAUAUUGACCAGCCCCCUGGCGAUGUUCUUAUAUUCUUGCCGGGUCAAGAAGACAUCGAGAGCCUGGACAAAUCAUUAAAGUUAUAUGCACAAAGACUUCCUAAAGAGCGCAUGGGUGUACUAAUAUGUCCUAUGUAUGCGGCCCUACCACCAAAUCAACAGGCAAAGAUAUUCUCUAGCACUCCCCCAGAUUUUCGCAAAUGCAUCAUGGCUACUAAUAUCGCUGAAACAUCUAUCACUAUUCCGGGAGUAAGGUACGUGAUUGAUACCGGAAAAUGUAAAGAAAAACGUUAUCUCACUCGCGACACGGGAGGAGGGUUCGAUACCCUUUUGACUCGAGAUGUCACGCAGUCCUCGGCAAUGCAACGAGCUGGCCGCGCUGGUCGUGAAGGACCUGGUUUUUGUUUUCGACUGUACACUGAAGACGCCUUUAGCUCAAUGGCAGUUUCCGCAGAGCCAGAGAUCCGUCGGUGUAGCCUUACAACUAGUUUGCUCCAGCUGAAGUGCCUCGGCCAAGACCUGGAAUCAAUGGACUUUUUAGAUAGGCCGGAUAUGGAAGCUAUUUUUGCUGCCCUCAAGACUCUUUUUCUUUUAGGAGCUUUGGACAAGGCUAAGGCAUUGACUAGUUUGGGUCGGGAGAUGGCAUCUUUUCCUUUGGAGCCCUACCUGGCGAAGGUCGUACUUGCGUCUCGAAGUCAUGGAUGUACUUCGGAGGUUCUGGACAUCGUUUCGCUCUUAUCGUCGUCAUCCAAGUUAUUCACCGACGUGUCUGACCAGCGUGAAACCAUAGCUGAAGCACGAAGGAAAUUUCGUCAUAAUAGUGGUGAUCAUAUGACUAUGCUCAAUGUUAUGCGAUCGUACCAAGAGGUAGCAGCAGUAGAACUUAAAAAUGGUCGAAAGGAGUGGUGUCGCCAACACUUUGUAAACGAGCGUACACUCGCAGAAGCACUCAAGAUCCGAGAGCAGCUACGUUUAACGUGCCAGCGCCAUGGGGUAGAUUGGCAUUUCUCGUGUAAAGAUACUGAUGAACCAAUUCUACGAUGUUUUGUGCUUGGUCUUGCUCAGCACUCGGCUUUCCUUCAACCCGAUGGGUCUUACAAACAAACUAUGGGUCACGCGAUAAUCAAAAUUCACCCGAGCUCGACGUUGUGUGACAAGAAAGCACCUGCCAUCAUAUUUGAUGAACUAGUCUAUACAAGUCAGAUAUAUGCACGAGGUGUAUCCUCUGUGCCGAAAAGCUUCUUUAUGGAUGAUGCUACUAUCAUGAUGUCGUCGAAAGGGAUCUAGAAUACCAAUUGUUUACCACCUUCACACAUUAGGUUGACUAGAAUAAGAGGAUUAAUAGAGAACCCUGAAAGGAUCAAAGUGUACGUUUAUUAGGAUGUCGUAAUGAAGUUGAACUAGUGAUGUUGUUCGGCGACAUACGUGAGGCCUGAGUGAGGUGCGACAUUCGGGUUAAUUAUGUCUUCCUUCUUUUAUUCACAUUGCCGCCUUCCCCUUCUGCCUCGCGUUUAUUUUUCAUGCCUGCAAUCCGCAUAUGACCCUUUCGCCUUUCUUUUUCUUUCUCUUCUUUUUUACCUUCCUCUUUUGCUACUUUCUUUUUAUGUCCUUCUCUCCUCUCGUGCUGCUUUUCUUUGCGCCGUGCUACCUGGUCCUUUCGUAACGCUCGAAUCUGCUGUAGCAAAGCAACUGCUUUCUUUUCCUCUGGCUCUCUGAUAACCGCCCGUUUUUGCAGAUACGUCUGUCGACGCUGAGGCUUCAUAAUUUUCGGUUUUGAUGCAUAUGGUAAUGCUGCCUGCAGUUUCUUAGGGAUUCUUAGAGCGUUGAAACGCCGUGCAGGGCGAUCUACAGGCUUGUAAGUCGAGUUUACAUUGAGAUGCGUCUUCAAGCCUUCGUCUUGACGUAUUUGUCCUGUCAAACGCAUUCCUGCCCAACGAUCCUUGUCGGAUAACAGUAAGGAUGUCACAGGAUUAUAGAAUUUUCGAGGCUCAAUGGAGUACCAAGCACGUAGGAAGAUAAUAUCUGUACAAUUAUCA